UACGUCUCAUGUGUCCCCAUAGUAAUGGCGUUUAUGGCUAUGGUUACCUCUUACUCUUCUUCUUGGCCGCCUUACUAGUCAUCAAAUCCAAAAAUCCAAAACGACAGGUCCCAAAUAGCCGUCUUGGCAGCGCUAAUGGUGGGAUAUCACAUCCAAAUUCCUACACACAUCAUAUCCGACUCUGAUCAAUUCAAAAAGAAGAAGAAGAAGCCCGCAAAAGUCAUAUCCAUCGUUACGAGUUACGACUUGAGGUUGAGGGGCCAUCAAUGGAGACAAAAAUGCCGUUUGAGAUAAUUUUAAGUUUUAUUGAUUCCUAUAGUCCAUAGAAGAAGAAUGACACUAUGAGCCAUUCGUUUAUAAGUUCACUUUCGGCAAGGGAGCACCCCAGAGCACCCCACCCCAAAAAGACGCCAUAGACACCAAUUCAUAAAUACGAGGUUUUGAGCGAGCUUUCUGUUCGGUGGUCAAUGCUAGUCAGUACUCAGCAACUGAUCAAUACUACGUACACUACAGAAGAGUUGAUUGAGGAGAAUGGAAGUGUAGAGAUUGGAGUCUGGCCGGAAAUGAAGAAGGGUCAUUACUCCUCUGCCAAAAGAAGACGCCCAUGGACUCCUGAAGAAGAUCUGCUGCUCAGGAAAUGCGUCGAGAAGCAUGGCCAAUGCAACUGGCAUCUUGUUCCUUCCAUGGCAGGGAUAAAGAGGUGCCGUAAGAGUUGUAGACUGAGAUGGUUGAACUAUUUGUGUCCCAACAUCAAGCGAGGGGAAUUUACUGACGACGAAGACGACCUCAUCUUCAGGCUUCAUAAGCUCUUAGGCAACAGAUGGUCGUUGAUUGCGGGAAGACUGCCAGGUAGGACGGCUAACGAUGUGAAGAACCACUGGAACUGCCACUUGAAGAAGAAAAUUGUCAUCUCUGAUGUAUCUAAAAAGGAAAUCCAUGAGAGGGUCCAAGUUAUAAAGCCACAGCCUCGGCUUCCGCCCAAGGAUAUACAGACUUGUGUAAACAAACAGUACUAUGGCGAGAAUGAAGUGGGCAUGUUGAUGACCCCUCCAAGGGCUACGGACAAUAAGCCUGUGAGGUGUUGGGAUAGCUUGCUUAGUAAUGAAGAGGAAGACAAUAUAGUAGUCAUCCCUGGAGACAUAGACGAGGUGGUGAAGCAGCAACCCCUUGUAGGCAAUAAUAGCUCUUUGUUUGAUAGUAUUGAGCUCGGUUCAUCUGCUGAGGGUAGUGCCUUUAUGGCCGAAGGCUGUGAUUGGGAUGUCCUCACCACUCAUGUGGACUUGUAUCACAGUGAUUGGUUCGAUACCUUAUAGCCCAAUCAAAAAGGAACCUGUCUUCCCUUACGAAUAUGUGAUGAUAUCUGUCGAGAAUUUGAAUCCAACGCCUGUCUUUUUUGCUUC